UCUCUCUUUCCUCUGGUUCUGGCGAGCUGAGUCUGAGACCAAGCUGCUGCAAAUACAAGAAGCACACGAGAAUACAUAUAAGAAGCACGAAAAUGAGGAGGGGAGCUAAGAGGAAGGCGAGCCAGAAGGAGGCAGAGAACCACAAAGAAUCGAGCAAAGCCGCCAACAGCAGCAAAGCCACAAGGACUCGGACGACGAAGAGGGUUAAGGCGUCCGAGCCCCAAUCGGAGCCCCAAUACUUGGAGGACCCUCGGAACCUCGAAGAUCUGUGGAAGGCUGCAUUUCCUGUUGGGACCGAGUGGGAUCAAUUGGACUCCGUUUACCAAUUCAAGUGGGAUUUCUCCAAUCUCGAACAAGCUUUUGAAGAAGGAGGGAAGCUCUAUGACCUUGGCAAGAACAAAGUCUAUCUCUUCGGUUGUACUGAGCCUCAAUUGGUGUCUGUGAAUGGUGAAAACAAAGUUGUUUGCAUUCCUGUUGUGGUCGCU